AUGUCUGAAGGCCAAUUCAAGCAGGGUUUCGAAAUCCCCGUCGCUCACCAGAAGCCUCCGGGUCUUCAGAGCGAACAGAAGGGUCCUGAGCCCGUCAACGAGCACCUUCCCACCGAGGAUGGCGGUUUCCAGCUCUACAAGGCCGCCGGCAAGCUUGAGGGCAAGAAGGCCAUCAUCACCGGAGGCGACUCCGGUAUUGGCCGUGCUGUUGCUAUCAUGUACGCCAUGGAGGGCGCCGACAGCUUGAUCGCCUACCUCGAAGUCGAGGAGAAGGAUGCACAGGAGACCAAGAAGAAGGUCGAGUCCUACGGUCGCAAGUGCCACUUGCUCCAGGUCGACCUCAAGAAGAAGGAGGACUGCCAGAAGGUUGUCGACACCGCCCUUGAGAAGAUGGGUGCCAUCAACAUUCUCGUCAACAAUGCUGCCUACCAGAACAUGGUCGAGGACAUCAAGGAUCUCUCCGAGGAGCAAUGGGAGUUCACCUUCCAGACCAAUAUUCACCCCUUCUUCUACCUCUCCAAGUACGCCCUUCCUCACAUGAAGAGAGGCGAUACCAUCAUCAACAACGCUUCCAUCAACGCCUACAUUGGUCGUCCUGAUCUCCUGGACUACACCAGCACCAAGGGUGCCAUCAUCUCGUUCACAAGAGGCCUACACAACCAGUAUGUCGGUCGUGGUAUCCGUGUGAACGCAGUCGCCCCCGGUCCCGUCUGGACUCCCCUCAUUCCUGCAACCAUGAACGAGAAGGCUCAAUCCGAGUUCAGCUCACCAAUUGGACGUCCCUCGCAGCCUUCGGAGAUUGCUACUUGCUUCGUCUUUCUAGCAAAUUCCGACUCCGCUUCUAUCGCCGGCCAGACCAUCCACGCCAACGGUGGUGUUGUUGUCAACGGUUAA